AUGGCCUUUGCAGUAAAGGAGAUCAAUGAAAACCCUCAGAUAUUACCCAAUUUCUCCUUGGGCUUCCACAUCUAUGACAGCUAUUUCAACGGAAGAUGGACCUUUGGUGCCACAAUGCGACUUACAUCUUCACGAGACCCAUUUGUCCCCACCUACAAAUGUGACACCCGGGAUAACCUGGUAGCGGUCAUUGGAGGCCUGGACAGUGACACUUCACGUCAUGUUGCAACUAUACUGAGCACCUACAAGGUUCCUCAGCUCACCUAUGGCUCUGCUUCAGUGAUGAGGAACAUAUCUCCGGGCUAUUCCAUUUACCAGAUGGCACCAAAUGAAACACUUCAGUAUGUUGGGAUCAUGGCCUUGCUGCUGCAUUUCAAGUGGACUUGGGUAGGGAUCCUUGUUAUGGAUGAUGACAAUGGGGAAAGGAUUGUGCAGACCAUAUGGUUUUCACUUCUUUCCAGAGAUCUUCCUAAGUUUCAGAACUAUAUUAUGAACCGAAACCCUUCUAAUGCAAAAGGAGAUGGUUUCAUAAAGGACUUCUGGCAACAUGCUUUUAACUGUGUAUUUCAAGAUGAAGUUCUGGAUGAGUUGGAAGGUGGUAUCUGCACAGGGAAAGAGAAGCUGGAAAGUCUACCCGGGCUUUUCUUUGAGAUAAACAUGACUAGCCACAGCUACGGCAUCUACAGGGCUGUCUAUGCUGUGGCCCAUGCGGUCCAUGCCAUGCAUUCAUUACACAGCAAGCAUAGAACGAUGAUGAAUAGAAUGGGGCUGACUCUUCUUGGGCAGGACCACUGGCAGCUCCAUGACUUUCUCAGAGGGAUUGCAUUUAACGACAGCACUGGCAACAAACUUUCAUUGAACGAGAAUGGGGAAUUGGUAGCUGGAUAUGACAUUAUGAAUUGGUGGCCAGCUGCCCUCCUGGCUACAGCAAGGCGAGAAGUGAAGGAGGGAGAGCAAUUUUGCUGCUAUGACUGCAUCAUCCCAGCAUGUCCAGAAGAGGAAAGAUUUCACAGUGACCAGAAGGUAUAUGCCAGGCUCAUGUUGCUCAGUGCAAGAUCAGAGAUCCGCAUCCUCAAUUUCCAACAGGUAUCGGCAGAAUCAGGAGAGACCUCUUUGUUGCUAAGCUGCUUCUUCUUUAGCUGGCCAAUCGCCAAUCCGAUAGAAUUUGAGGAAUAUUCUCAGUUGGCACUGUUUGAAGACCUUAUAAUUGUUCCUCAGAAUUACCAACACAUUAUGGCAUUGGCCUUUGCAGUAAAGGAGAUCAAUGAAAACCCUCAGAUAUUACCCAAUUGCUCCUUGGGCUUCCACAUCUAUGACAGCUAUUUCAAUGGAAGAUGGACCUUUGGUGCCACAAUGCGACUUACAUCUUCACAAGACCCAUUUGUCCCCAACUAUAAAUGUGACACCUGGGAUAACCUGGUAGCGGUCAUUGGAGGCCUGGAUAGUGACAUUUCACUUCACGUGGCAACUAUAUUGGGCACCUACAAGGUUCCUCAGCUCACCUAUGGCUCUUCUCCAGUGAUAAGGGACAAAUCUCUGGGCUACUUCAUCUACCAGAUGACUCCGAAUGAAAAACUUCAGUAUGUUGGGAUCCUGGCCUUGCUGUUACAUUUCAAGUGGACUUGGGUAGGGAUCCUUGUUAUGGAUGAUGACAAUGGGGAAAGGAUUGUGCAGACAUUGUCUUCAAUGUUUUCCGACCAUGGUAUUUGUAUUGCCCUGAUAGAAAGAUGCCCCAGGUCAAAUUUUGCUGAUGAGCUUUUAAAUAUGGGGCACCAGGGAGUAAGAAUGAUUACUAAAGUCAUGGAGAGCAAAAGCAAUGUAUUUGUGCUGUUUGGACAAUCUUAUUCUGUCAAUGAUUUGAGAUGGUUGCCGCGGCUGUCAGAAGGACACUGGGGCACCAAAGGAAAAGUGUACAUACUGUCAAGUCAAAUGGACUUCAUUUCAACGGUCUAUCAAAGAACUUGGGAAGCAGACAUAAUCCAUGGUGUUUUGUCCUUCACGGUUCAUUCCAGUGAUCUUCCUAAGUUUCAGAACUAUGUUAUGAACCGAAACCCUUCUAACGCAAAAGGCAAUGGUUUCAUAAAGGACUUCUGGCAAAAUACUUUUGCCUGUGUAUUUCAAGAUCAAAUCUUGAAUGACGUGAAAGAUGAUAUCUGCACAGGGGAAGAGAAGCUGGAAAGUCUAUCCGGGCUUAUUUUUGAAAUGACCAUGACUAGGCACAGCUACAGUAUCUACAGGGCUGUCUAUGCUGUGGCCCAUGCAGUCCAUGCCAUGCAGUCAUUACACAGCAAGCAUAGAAUGAUGAUGAAUAGAAAGGGGCUGACUCUUCCUGGGCAGGACCAAUGGCAGCUCCAUGACUUCCUCAGAGGGCUUGCAUUUAACGACAGCACUGGCAACAAAGUUUCAUUGAACGAGAAUGGGGAAUUGAUAGCAGGAUAUGACAUUAUGAAUUGGGUAAUUUCCUCAAACCAAUCCUUUAAUAGGGUGAAGGUAGGGAGAAUGGAAGCCCAGACUGCUCCAGAAUGUGCCUUCACCAUCAAUGGGGAAAUUAUAACAUGGCCGAGCUGGUUCAACCAGGUGCAGCCCAUUUCUGUGUGCAGUGCCAGCUGCCCUCCUGGCUACAGCAAGCGAGUGAAGGAGGGAGAGCAAUUUUGCUGCUAUGACUGCAUCCCAUGUCCAGAAGGAAAGAUUUCUGACCAGAAGGACUCAAAUGACUGCUAUCAAUGCCCAGAUGAAAAAUUUCCAAGUAAAACACGGGAUUUUUGCAUUUCCAAGUACAUCACUUUCUUGUCUUAUGAAGAACCUUUGGGACUCAGCUUAGCCAUUUUUGCACUUUCUCUCUCUGUGAUCACAGCUGUGGUGCUGGGGACAUUUAUAAAGCACCACAACACUCCAACUGUCAAAGCCAACAACCGAAGCCUCUCCUACACUCUUCUCAUCUCCCUUCUCUUCUCCUUCCUUUGUGCUUUGCUAUUUAUUGGCCAGCCAGAGAUGGUGACCUGCCUGCUGCGCCAGCCUGCUUUUGGCACGAUCUUUUCGGUGGCUAUUUCUUGCAUUCUGGCCAAGACCAUCACUGUGGUUCUGGCUUUCAUGGCUACCAAACCAGGAAGCAGAAUAAGGAAAUGGGUGGGGAAAAGACUGGCCAACUGCAUUGUCGUUUCCUGCUCCCUUGUCCAAGGAGGACUUUGUGCUGUGUGGCUGGCAACAUGUCCACCAUUCCCAGAUUUUGACAUGCACUCAAUGACUGGAGAAAUCAUCCUGGAAUGUAAUGAAGGAUCCUUGAUUCUGUUUUACUUGACGUUGGGUUAUAUGGGUUUCCUGGCCAUUGGUAGUUUCCUUGUGGCUUUCCUUGCCAGGAAGCUACCUGAUACUUUCAAUGAAGCCAAGUUCAUCACCUUCAGCAUGUUGGUCUUUUGUAGUGUUUGGCUAUCAUUUGUUCCAGUCUAUCUGAGUAUCAAAGGGAAAUAUGUGGUGGUCAUGGAGAUCUUCUCUAUCUUAACUUCCAGCGCUGGUUUGCUUAGCUUAAUUUUUACUCCUAAAUGCUACAUAAUUUGGCUGAGACCUGAGUUAAAUAAACAAGGAAGGAUCAAUGUGGGCAAAAAGUCAAAGUGCAUCACUGUAAUUUCUUUUCUCCAGUAA